AUGGAGUCAAUAGCGAGGAUCUCGAGUCUCAUGGAGACCGCGAGGGAGCUCACCCUCGAUGCUGCCCAGGCGACGCGUGGUGCGCGCACGAGCUCAAGACCUUUGGACCGAAACCAGAUGAGGAAGUUGUUGGAUAGCAGGAACGAUCGCGAGGUCCUCGAGGGUCUACGGCGUGUUAUGGCGAUGAUGUAUCGAAACCACAAGACUCUACCAUUCUUCUCUUCUGUCGUCAAGAAUGUCGCCUCGCCGAACAUCGAAAUCAAGAAGCUUGUCUACAUAUACCUCAUCCACCAUGCCGAACAGGAGCCCGAUCUCGCACUCCUCUCCAUCAACACUAUUCAGAAAUCCUUAUCCGAUCAGAACCCCCAAGUCCGAGCUCUCGCCCUCAAGACCAUGUCCGGAAUUCGAGUUCCCGUCAUCAGCCAGAUUGUAUCUCUCGCUAUCAAGAAGGGUGUGGCCGACAUGAGCCCCUACGUGCGGAAAGCAGCUGCCCUCGCAAUUCCUAAAUGUCAUCGAUUAGACCCGAGUCAAGCGCCGCAGUUGAUCGAUUACUUAUCGACUCUGCUGGGUGACAAGCAAUACUAUGUCGCUGGAGCUGCUGUGUCAGCUUUCCUCGAGAUUUGUCCCGACCGAAUAGACCUUAUUCACAAGCACUAUCGGACGCUGAUCAAGCAAGUGGUGGAUAUGGACGAAUGGAGUCAAUUGGCAACACUACGACUGAUGAUGUAUUAUGCGCGAAAGUGCUUCCCUCGGAGGACAGAGUCGCCAGACGAAUCGACCGAAAACUCCCAGGAUCAGCGAGUGGACGACUUCUACGGGGAAUCGCGACAAGGUAGUCGAAGUCAUGGGUCUUCAGUACUUGACCCGGAUCUGGAAUUGCUCCUAAAUGGCAUCAGACCUCUACUGCAGAGUAGGAAUGCCGGUGUUGUUGUCGCUGUUACUCGGUGCUAUGUCGAUAUCGGGACACCCGAGUACGUGAAGCAGGCUAUUGGCCCCUUGAUCGCCUUGCUUCGUGGAGCUCAGGAUAUCCAGGAGACUGCUCUUUUCAACAUCGUCUCCGUCUGUCUUCUUCGGCCCACCGAUUUCGUCAAAUAUGCCAGCCAUUUCCUGGUUCGAGCCACCGAUACUGCUCCUGUGUGGGAAUUAAAGUUGGAGAUCCUGACGAUCAUCUUCCCUCACAGUCCACCACAUGUUAAAAGUCUUAUUCUGAAGGAACUUGAACACUUCUCGCAAGGAACAAACAAGGCAUUAGUUCGAGAGGCGGUGCGCGCUAUCGGCCGCUGCGCCCAGACUGAUACCUCUGCGGCUCCUCGAUGCUUGAAGUUACUCCUCGGUCAAAUCACUAGCUUGGACGGCACCCUCGCUGCCGAGUCACUGACAGUCAUUCGUCACCUGAUACAACAGGACGUCCAGGGACAUGUUGGGACAGUUGUUCGCCUAGCAAAGAAUCUCGACUCUGCAACUGACCCCCAGGCUCGUGCUACAAUCAUCUGGCUUGUGGGUGAAUUCUCAGGUCUGAAUGGAGAGGACAACAUUGCGCCAGAUGUUCUUCGCAUCUUGCUCAAGGAGUUUUCUAAUGAAUCGCCAGUGGCUAAGCAACAGAUUCUGCUCUUGGGGGCCAAGGUUUACCUCCACCACCUCAACCGAAGGACUGAAGCUGAGAAGGAGAGAGACGCUGAGGAGGACCCGCCUAUGCAUACAGAUACUCAUCCUAUUGUGAGGCUAUGGGAGUACGUCCUGCUACUUGUGAGAUAUGAUACAUCGUUCGAUCUCCGCGACCGCGCGAGAAUGUAUCGAUCGCUCCUUGCAGUUCCCCAGCUGGCGACGCUGAUGCUCCUUGCUGAGAAGCCAGCACCACAUGCCCCGAGUCCAUCAGAAUCUCGAAAGGGAUUCCUCUUGGGUUCUUCCACAUUAGUGCUUGCAGGUGGCGGUGGUAUUCAUGGUCUUCGGGGCUAUGAACCCUUACCUGAUUGGGUCGAGGAAGGAAAACAGCCUGAUCGCCGACUUCGAGAACCUGAAGGCAGUCAAAGUUCUAGGUACGACGUAGAAAGAAGUACACUGCCUGCCAGUGAAAGACUCGACGAGGCGGCCAAGACAGUCAUGCCUAGCAGAUCAAACGGCACGGGGACAGGCACGGGUGAAGCAGUGGGUGCGAAGACUCUGGAUGACUGGCUUGCAGAAGAAGAGCAAGAAAGCGAGGAGACGGAAGAAGAGACGGAAGAAGAAUCAUCGGAGGAGGAGGAAGACGAUGAGGAGGAGGAUGAUGAGGAGGAAGAAGAGACUGAUAGCGAUGACGAUGGGGAAGCCGAUAGACUGGUCAAAUCCUAA